CGUGCUCGCUCGCGCCAGGCGAGUCUCCGCGUCUCCCUCGCGAACUCGGUGAAAGGAAUUGGCGCCGUUCGACACCAGGCGGGUCCGCUCUGCAGCACGAACCCACCUCCAGCCGCAGCCGCAGCCGCCGCCCGGGCCGAGGAGCAGCCGCAGCAGCCGCCACCAGUGGCCGAGUGAGCGGAGCCGAGUUUGAGCCAGCGCCUAGCGGUGAAUCGGGGCCCUCACCAUGAGUUCCUCGCCUGUUAAUGUAAAAAAGCUGAAGGUCUCGGAGCUGAAAGAGGAGCUCAAGAAGCGGCGCCUUUCCGACAAGGGCCUCAAGGCCGAGCUCAUGGAGCGACUCCAGGCCGCACUGGACGACGAGGAGGCCGGGGGCCGCCCCGCCAUGGAGCCCGGGAACGGCAGCCUAGACCUGGGCGGGGAUUCCGCCGGGCGCUCGGGAGCAGGCCUCGAGCAGGAGGCCGCGGCCGGCGGCGACGAGGAAGAGGAAGAGGAGGAAGAGGAGGAGGAAGGGAUCGCCGCCCUGGAUGGCGACCAGAUGGAGCUAGGGGAGGAGAACGGGGCCGCGGGGGCGGCCGACGCGGGCCCGAUGGAGGAGGAGGAGGCCGCCUCGGAAGACGAGAACGGCGACGAUCAGGGCUUCCAGGAAGGGGAGGAUGAGCUCGGUGACGAGGAGGAAGGCGCGGGCGACGAGAACGGGCACGGGGAGCAGCAGCCUCAACCGCCGGCGACGCCGCAGCAACAGCCCCCACAGCAGCGCGGGGCCGCCAAGGAGGCCGCGGGGAAGAGCAGCGGCCCCACCUCGCUGUUCGCGGUGACGGUGGCGCCGCCCGGGGCGAGGCAGGGCCAGCAGCAGGCGGGAGGUAAGAAGAAGGCGGAAGGCGGCGGAGGCGGCGGUCGCCCCGGGGCUCCGGCGGCGGGAGACGGCAAAACAGAGCAGAAAGGCGGAGAUAAAAAGAGAGGGGUGAAAAGACCUCGAGAAGAUCAUGGCCGUGGAUAUUUUGAGUACAUUGAAGAGAACAAGUAUAGCAGAGCCAAAUCUCCUCAGCCACCUGUUGAAGAAGAAGAUGAGCACUUCGAUGACACAGUGGUUUGUCUUGAUACUUAUAAUUGUGAUCUACAUUUUAAAAUAUCAAGAGACCGCCUCAGUGCUUCUUCCCUCACUAUGGAGAGUUUUGCUUUUCUUUGGGCUGGAGGAAGGGCAUCUUAUGGUGUGUCAAAAGGCAAAGUCUGUUUUGAGAUGAAGGUUACAGAGAAGAUCCCAGUAAGGCAUUUAUAUACAAAAGACAUUGACAUACAUGAAGUUCGGAUUGGCUGGUCACUAACCACAAGUGGAAUGUUGCUUGGUGAAGAAGAAUUUUCUUAUGGGUAUUCUCUUAAAGGAAUAAAAACAUGCAACUGUGAGACUGAAGAUUAUGGAGAGAAAUUUGAUGAAAAUGAUGUGAUUACAUGUUUUGCAAACUUUGAAAGUGAUGAAGUAGAACUCUCCUAUGCAAAGAAUGGGCAAGAUCUUGGCAUUGCCUUCAAAAUCAGUAAGGAAAUUCUUGCUGGAAGGCCACUCUUUCCGCAUGUUCUCUGCCACAACUGUGCGGUUGAAUUUAAUUUUGGUCAGAAGGAAAAGCCAUAUUUUCCGAUACCAGAAGAUUAUACUUUUAUCCAGAAUGUCCCCUUAGAGGAUCGAGUUAGAGGACCAAAGGGGCCUGAAGAGAAGAAAGAUUGUGAGGUUGUUAUGAUGAUUGGUUUGCCAGGAGCUGGGAAAACCACCUGGGUUACUAAACAUGCAGCAGAGAAUCCUGGUAAAUACAACAUUCUUGGAACAAACACCAUAAUGGAUAAAAUGAUGGUGGCAGGGUUUAAGAAGCAGAUGGCUGAUACUGGAAAACUGAACACGCUGUUGCAGAGAGCUCCCCAGUGUCUUGGAAAGUUUAUUGAGAUUGCUGCCCGUAAGAAGCGAAAUUUCAUUCUGGAUCAGACAAACGUGUCUGCUGCUGCCCAGAGGAGAAAAAUGUGCCUGUUUGCAGGCUUCCAACGAAAAGCUGUUGUAGUUUGCCCGAAAGAUGAAGACUACAAGCAAAGAACACAGAAGAAAGCAGAAGUCGAGGGAAAAGACCUACCAGAACACGCAGUCCUCAAAAUGAAAGGAAACUUCACGCUGCCCGAGGUAGCUGAGUGCUUUGAUGAAAUAACCUACGUUGAACUGCAGAAGGAGGAAGCCCAAAAACUUCUGGAGCAAUAUAAGGAAGAAAGCAAAAAGGCGCUUCCGCCAGAAAAGAAACAGAACACUGGCUCGAAGAAGAGCAAUAAAAAUAAGAGUGGCAAGAAUCAGUUCAACAGAGGCGGUGGCCACAGAGGCCGUGGCGGCUUCAACAUGCGCGGUGGCAACUUCCGAGGAGGAGCUCCUGGGAACCGUGGCGGCUAUAACCGGAGGGGCAACAUGCCCCAGAGAGGUGGUGGUGGCGGGGGCAGCGGCGGCAUUGGCUACCCGUACCCUCGCGGCCCUGUGUUCCCCAGCCGAGGCGGCUACUCCAACAGAGGCAACUACAGCAGAGGUGGGAUGCCCAACAGAGGGAACUACAACCAGAACUUCAGAGGACGAGGAAACAAUCGCGGCUACAAAAAUCAAUCUCAGGGCUACAACCAGUGGCAGCAGGGUCAAUUCUGGGGUCAGAAGCCAUGGAGUCAGCAUUAUCACCAAGGAUAUUAUUGAAUACCCAAAUAAAACGAACUGAUACAUAUUUCUCCAAAACCUUCACAAGAAGUCGACUGUUUUCUUUAGUAGGCUAACUUUUUAAACAUUCCACAAGAGGAAGUGCCUGCGGGUUCCUUUUUUAGAAGCUUUGUGGGUUGAUUUUUUUUCUUUUCUUUUUUGUACAUUUUUAAUUGCAGUUUUAAAGUGAAUCGUAAGAGAACCUCAGCAUUGUGCACGAUAAGAGAAUGUGUCAGUAUUUCAGGGUUCUACAUUUUAUCUGUAAAAUGUGACUUUUUUUUUUUUAUCACAACAAAAGUAAAAUGUUGCUUUGUACCUGGUGUCUUUUAUUAAGAAUUUACUCCCCCCAUUUCUCACAGAGAUAACAGUCGGGAGUCAUUGUCACAAUAUAAUAGAAAUGUUAGCAACCAGAUUCAUGUAAGGACUAAGUAGUCCUCAUGAAUUGCAUAAGACUCUGUACUGCUCAUAGUACACUCCAUCCUCUCUGUAGUUUGCUGAGUAGUGGAGGGGGAAGGCUUCAAGAGUAGUUUCCGACAAUAACUGGGAAGGCUUUUUCUUUUUUUAAAUAACAAUGGAAUUGGCAUAAUUGGGAAUGAAGAUAAAACUUGGAACCAAGAUAGAGAAGAUGGAGUGUAUGUAGAAGGGCUGUUAAAAAUGUAAAACUUGGUUGCAUUAUUUGUGGAGGCUCAAACUUGUGAAGGUUCAAUACCAUACUUUUUCCAUUUGUUCUGCAUUUUGAUUCUGAAAAGAAAGCUGGCUUUGCCCAUUUCUUAUUAAAAAAACUUGUUGUAAAUCCAGUUGUCUAAUGGGAUCUAUAUGAAGUUAGCUAUGUCUGUAUGCCCUUCUCCCACAAAAUACUGUAUAACUAGUGUGCUUGUAGUAGUUUACUCCACCAUCUUUGUAAGCUAAUGACAUUGUGAGUCACCCAUUUAUAUCUUAAUUUUUAAUCAUGUCAGUUCUUGAAUGGGUAUCUCCUUAGCCUGCUGAUUUCUUUUUCUUUCUAAAGAAAGUGGGUGGAGAAAUUAAUUUAGACGUUUGUUUGCAAUAAAAAGAAUUCAUUUUA